AUGAAGUCAACAGCGCUACUCUGGCUUUAUCUAGGUGCCAGCCAAUACUUUUGUCAGGCCUAUGUACCGCCGGAAAUUCGACAGAAAUGGAAGGAGACUUCGUACACGAUGUCGGACGCUCUGAAGACAAUCGAAACUCUUGCCCCGCAAAGAAAUGAUGCAGAUGUAGAGCUCUAUUAUGCAGCUAGAUUCAUCGACCGUAAUAGCCACCUCUUCUAUGCGAAUCAAGAAGAGCGCGAUUCCCUUUGGGAAAUGGCAAAUGGAUCUUGGGAAUUGUUGAUGGGAUACGAGCAGCCGAAGGUCGAUGAUUUCUUUCUACCCUACCCACCGUUUGCAGAUUACGCAAUGGCAUUUGUCAUUGUCGACACCGACGACAACUACUUUGGAAAAGGCAUUGCCAGUUCUCCAGAGUUUUCCUACGUCGCCUUGGGAGGGCCAAGUAAAGUAAACGAAAGGACCCGCCAGUUGUACAUGGAUUACAAUGAUUUCUACAUCAAUGGGCAGCAAGUAUAUGGUUGGGACUUGAGCUACUUUAUGCGUGGAUACGCUCGUAACUGGUAUGCCAUUGAACGAAAUCGUCCACCAUUGGCUUUUACCUUGAUUGGAGUAACUGAGAAAAUUAUGAUUGUUCGUGGAAGCAAGACAGGUGGAAUGGCAAUUUUCCGAAGGAUAGAUGGCGACAUGAGAGAGGCGGCAUAUGGCAGCGCGCCAUGGAAAGAACGUAUUGCUGGAUUUUGGACCAAGAAGCUUGACCGGAAAAAAUCUAACAGCGACGAGGCUUGA